AUGGCAUCUCCUUAUCUUUGCAGGGACACGUUGGAGACAGGGGGGCACAUGAAGCUGGUCAAAGCUGACACCGAUUCUUCGAGAUACGAGAACACCCGCCUGGAAGAGGAGCUCAUAACAGCACCCCUAUUCUCACUCUCAGCCUGUGAGACUUUGGAUAACGACCGUAUGAAUAGCGAGCAAACUACCAAUAGAGAGCGGACAUACCCACAGUAUGGACUUCUCGGUUUGCGCAAUCGAUCUGUUGGCAACGCACCGGCACAGGAUGAUCUGGUGUAUGCCAAUGUCUCGGCACCGUGGUCUGCCUUCAUCUGCGGUAGCCAAGGAAGUGGCAAGAGUCACACCCUGGCAUGCCUGCUGGAAAACUCGUUGAUCGCAUCCUCCCCUGCCGGGAAGCUAUCGUCACCUCUUGCUGGGCUGGUUAUUCACUAUGACAAUUUCAGAGCCUUUUCCAGCACGCAGCUUUGCGAGGCGGCGUAUCUGCACUCAUCAGAUAUUCCUGUCCGAGUUUUGGUGUCCCCUACCAAUUACCUUGCGAUGAAAAAGGCAUAUGAAACACUGGCAGGUGGUUCGAGAAUGCUCAAGGUUGAGCCAUUGUAUCUGCCGCAGAAGGAUUUGAAUAUUGGCAUGAUGAAAACCCUGAUGGGUAUCAACAACGGAACCGAGCAGCCUCUCUACAUUGAGGUCGUUAUGAAGAUUCUUCGGGAUAUGGCCAUAGCCAACCAGGGCAAAUCCGGAUUCAACUACAGCGCAUUCAAACGUCGUCUUCAGGGCGAGAAUUUCUCGAAAGGCCAGCUUAUGCCUCUGAAAAUGCGCUUGGAGGUUCUCGAAUCGUUUUUUGAGCCUGGAUCUGUGCCUGGUGCAGCUCCCCAUAAGUCAGAGAAGCAUACUGCUGACGAUCUCUGGAAUUUUCUUCCAGGCACUCUGACAAUCAUCGAUUUGAGCUGCCCCUUUGUUGGCCAGGAAGAUGCAUGCGCACUUUUCAAUAUCGCAGUCUCCUUGUUUCUGAAUAAGCGUCGCGACGCAGGUCGCAUCAUUGCCCUGGAUGAAGCACACAAGGCUCGUAGAUCUUUUAUGACUUCGACUUCUCCAGAAGCCGCAGAUCUGACAGAGACGCUGCUAUCUGUUGUCCGCCAGCAGCGACAUCUGGCCGCACGUGUGAUAAUAGCAACCCAGGAACCAACUCUUGCACCGUCACUGCUUGAGCUUUGCAAUGUGACCAUUAUCCAUCGCUUUUCAUCACCAGCUUGGUUCAAGGCGAUCAAGUCGCAUAUCGCGGGAGCUGAGAUUGGGGAGCUUACUCUGAAUACCACGGCGUCGCCGACCAUCUUCCACAAAAUUGUUCGUCUACGGACUGGGGAGGCUUUGGUAUUUUGUCCAUCAGCUCUGCUAGACAUUGCAAAGCACGAUGACCAGCAAAGUCGGGAUUUUUCAACUGACUCCUCUUCCAUUGGGCCAGAUAUUCCAGAUAGCCCGUCCUCUGAAGAGAGCACUCAGAUUCCGACACCCUACUCAGACUCUCAAGAUGAGCCAACUUUCCAUCGAGUCAUCCAGCUUGGGACAGCCUAUGCCCACAUUCGAAUUCGGAAUAGGAUCACUGUUGACGGUGGUCGCAGUGUGCUUGAGCGUUAA